AUGACGCAGACGCAUUUUGACCAUGAGAUGGAUGUGGUUUCAGGAGACCUGUGGACAGGCCAGCGCAAUCCCGGCCGACUGGAUGGUCAGCAUGAUCAGGACGUGGACGACCAGAGGUUGCUUCCUGCGUUCAAAGCAGCCCUGUUGUCGCAGCAUCAGUCGCGUUGCACCGACUAUCUUGCCUCUGCGCCCCCUGAAUUGCUGCGCACUUUGACGUCGCCCUCUAAUUCUCGACCAUCUUUCCCAACUAGCUACUUUGAAUCCGUUGCUCAACCGCCUUUAAACGAGGAGGUAGAGCGCCUCAGUCGGUUGUAUCUUGCAAAUGUUCAUACCCAGUUGCAUUUUCUGAACGGAAUUUCUGCCGACUCUGUUUCAUUGACCGAACAGUGUCUAUCGCUUGCAGCUGCAGCCCUCGGUAGUAUCAGCAUUGGAGACACCGUGAACGGAGCCUGGCUAUGUCGUCUGAGUGCUCGUUCCAUGUUUGCCGGCUUGGCUCUCGACAAUCGCAGAGCACGUAACCACCAUGUCAUUCUUGCCGGUCUGAUUCAACAGACGGUGGCAGCAAUGAUCCAUAAUACAGACACGUGGCGGCAUACUAAUAUUACACGGGGAUUCCCCAAUGGGAUGAUGAAAAGGCUUUACAGCAGUGACAACCGCCAGGAAAUCACACAUGGGAGAUCGCUGAUCACGUAUGCGCUAUUAAUCGACACGGUACGGUCCUUGCAUUUUGGAGUGCCAGCAUCCAUUGCUCGCUCGCUGGCAGAUGUUCCCUGUUUCCCACAGAACGGCUCAUUUUCGCAAUUGCUGUCCACCACUAUAUUUGGCUCGUCCAGGGCCCAAUGGCUCCCCUAUUCAGAGGAGGAUGCCCUCCUGCUUCUGCUGCUCAUCUUUAGCGAAGAGCAGGUAUGGAGAACCAUGAUGUUUAAUGAUUCGCAUCAGGCCUGUUUCUCUGGAGACUCGGCCUCGGCAAACUCUGUAGGUCACUUGAAAUCGAUACAACGGACGCUCCGCCGGUGGAAAGCAGAGUAUAUGGACCAGGCCUCUCCGGAAUUAAAGGCAUUCUAUCAUUUUUGCGAGAUGUAUCUGCUAUUCAAGAAUCUCGAGUCUCUACCGGAUGUAGCAGGUUACCGAAGAAAACAAAAGAAGAGUCGCAAAGACCUGCAAGGCCUCACUCACACAACGGCUACCACAUCUGACGACGAAAAUGAGCGCACUCAGGCAUCCCACCACGCGUGGCUGUUGCUCGAGCAUAUCUCUGCCCGUUCUACUCCGGCUGCGGUGUGGCUGCCUGUUAUCCUCUACAUGGCUGCUCUUGUUGUUUGGUACGAUAUCUGUUCACGCCAAGGAUCCCGAUCUCAUGGAUCGAUGAUGGUAUUGCAUCUUUUUGUCAAGGAGCUUCGCGGAAUGCAUUGGCCGUGCUGUUUGGACAUGGCGACAAAUCUAGAGCAGUUGGCAUCACAGACAGGAAAUGUGUAA